UAAUGGCUUCGCUCCGUACCGUCGGAUGUGUUGUUGUGCUACUAUUUGCUCUUGCCAUCGAUACGUCGGCAGUAUCGAGUUUCACAAAAGAGCUGAAUGAAGUCAAACUGUACUUCUUCUCACCAACGCUGAAGCAAGAGAUGGAUGUGGAAUCGUUCGUGCCGCCACCGCAACUGGACCUACGUCGACAGCUGAAGGUUCUAAUCCAUGGCUGGAACGCCGAUCGCCACCACGUAUCGAUACUUCCGAUACGUACAGCAUACUUGGUGCAGGAUGCUCACAACUUACUGGUGGCCGAUUGGUCUCCCGCUGCCGUACUGCACUAUCCGACCGCUCGUGACCUAGUACUGCCGGUGGGGAACCAUCUAGGUAGCAUACUAGCACGCUUCAUGAAACGGUUAGGCAUCGAGCCUAGCCAGGUGCAUGUUAUCGGGCACAGUCUCGGUGCGCAUAUCGCAGGCAACGUGGGACGGUACUUGGAUGGAAAGGUGCGCCGAGUGACGGCACUGGAUCCGGCCGGGCCACUGUUUGCUCUAGAUUCGAAAGAUGCCGUCGGACCCGACACUGCCCAGUUCGUUGACGUGAUCCAUACGGACGGGAUGACCCUGGGCGAGAAUAUUGUUCGCGGACAUGCCGACUUUUUCCCGAACGGUGGCACUCCCCCACAGCCCGGUUGCGAAACGCUCGACGUUUUCACACUGCAUAGCUGCAGUCACGCGCGGUCCACCGGAUUCUUUGCGGAAUCAAUUCCGCUACCGAACAGCUUCGUAGCGUGCGCAUGCAGCCGGGAUGAAAUUUCGAGACAGGCCGAUAUCUGUUUGCCGGACGUUCGUGACACAUCCUCGCGUGAGUGUGUUGCGAUGGGAGAAGCACUUGAGCUCAGUGCCCGUGGAACAUUUUUCACUCGCACAUCGCGUGUGCCUCCGUUUGGACUGGGCAAUCACACGAUGAGUGCGUCCAGCUUCUAACAGAACAGUGGCGCUAGUGACACGUGUCUUCAAAACGUUCGAGUGGCCGAUUUCACAGAAGCAUCAUGUAACCAGAUACACGCACUCACACAAACACACGCGUGCAAAGAACCAUCUCGUGUUUGUACACUGAACGCUGUAAACGUUGAAUCACCGGUGCUUUGGAUAAUGCUUGGAAUAGAAACACAUUAGCUUCACCCGAGCUCAUCAUGUAGCUAAUGGAGGUAUUAUAUACACGUCAGGUUAUUUUCAUACCUUAACAAGACAUAAUGUUGUCAAUUUGACUUAUCAAUGAACCCUCGCAUGGUUUAAAAUUGUUGUCUACCGCUUUCGUUGUUGUC